CUAAAACCCCCCACAAAUUCCCUAAUUUUCAUUUCCCCUUACCGAACAAGGGGCGCCGGAGAAUCUUCCCUCGUCCGCAAUGGCUAAUGGCGGCAAAAUACUCGCUGUCUCGAAAGCUGAUCUGGCGAAGAAGCAGAAACAAGCGAAGAAAUCGAAAUCCGGCGGCUUCGAGUCGCUGGGAUUGAGCCCCAAUGUCUACAAUGGCGUCAAGAAGAAGGGAUACAGAGUUCCGACGCCUAUCCAGCGCAAGACCAUGCCGUUAAUCCUAUCGGGCUACGACGUCGUCGCCAUGGCCCGCACCGGCUCCGGCAAGACGGCGGCGUUCCUCAUCCCCAUGCUCCAGAAGCUCCAGCAUCACGUGCCCCAGGCCGGAGUUAGGGCUCUUAUUCUUUCCCCGACGCGUGAUUUGGCUCUUCAGACUUUUAAGUUCACCAAGGAAUUAGGUCGCUUCACAGACCUUCGUUCUAGCUUACUGGUCGGUGGUGAUAGCAUGGAAAGCCAGUUCGAGGAAUUGGCUCAGAAUCCCGACUGCAUAAUUGCCACUCCCGGUAGACUCAUGCAUCAUUUGGAAGAGAUUGAUGACAUGUCCUUACGAACUGUGGAAUAUGUCGUGUUUGAUGAAGCCGAUUGCCUCUUUAGCAUGGGAUUUGCGGAGCAGUUGCACAGAAUCCUUGGUAAGCUGGGUGAAAACCGCCAGACUUUGCUUUUUAGCGCUACCCUACCGAGUGCACUCGCCGAGUUUGCCAAGGCUGGCCUUCGGGACCCGCAGCUGGUCAGGCUUGAUUUGGAGACGAGAAUCAGCCCCGACCUCAAGCUCACCUUCUUCACCUUGAGGCAGGAAGAAAAAUAUGCAGCCUUGCUGUAUUUGAUAAGGGAGCACAUAGAUACCGAUCAGCAGACCUUAAUCUUUGUCUCCACUAAAUAUCAUGUCGAGUUUCUUUAUGCCCUCUUCAAAGAGGACGGCAUUGUGGCUUCCGUGUGUUAUGGUGACAUGGAUCAUGAUGCUAGGAAGAUCCACAUUUCAAAGUUUAGGGCUAGGAAGACUAUGCUGCUAAUCGUGACUGAUGUGGCCGCUAGGGGAAUUGAUAUCCCUUUGCUCGACAAUGUGGUCAACUUUGACUUCCCGCCUAAGCCAAAGCUUUUUGUCCAUCGUGUGGGCCGGGCUGCGAGGGCUGGACGAACUGGGACUUCGUUUUCUUUUGUUACGUCAGAGGACAUGGCUUACCUAUUGGACCUUCAUCUCUUUCUUUCAAAGCCGAUUAGGCCUGCUCCAACUGAGGAUGAGGUUUUAAGAGAUAGAAAUAGUGCUAUGGCUAAAAUAGAUCAAACGAUUGCGAACGGUGGGACCGUUUACGGACGUUUUUCCCAGAGAGCCAUAGAUCUACUGUCAGACAGAGUCCGAGAAAUCAUUGAGUCGUCCGCAGAACUCGCUGGCUUGCUUAGACCUUCUUCAAAGGCGUUCUCACUGUACACCAAGACAAAAGCAAAGCCAUCUAGGGAGUCUAUUAAAAGGGUUAAAGACCUGCCCCAUGAAGGUUUGCAUCCUAUGUUCAAAAACGAAUUGGGUGGCGAUGAGUUGACAGCUUUGGCCUUUUCCGAGCGCCUGAAAGCAUUUAAGCCCAAGCAGACCAUACUGGAAGCUGAAGGCGAGGCUGCGAAAUCGAAAAAUCUAAAGGGAUCUUCAAGUCAAUGGGUUGAUGUGAUGAAGGUGAAAAGAGCCGUGCACGAGGAGGUGAUAAAAAAGGUUCAAGAGCAACGUUCUAGAGAUAAUGUUGUGGAGGAAAUUGAACCAGAAGAUAAUCCACCAGAGAACAGGCGAAGACAAGGUGUCUACCUCGAUAUUGUAGGAGCCAAAAGGAAGGCCCAGACCUUCAAAGAUGAUGAAUAUUUCAUUAGUUCCGUGCCAACGAAUCAGCAUUUUGAAGCAGGGCUUUCUGUGAGAAAUAACCAGGGCUUUGAAUCAAACAGGUUAGAAUCUGCUGUUCUUGAUUUAAAUGCUGAUGAUAGUGGAGGAUUGCAGAAGCAGAAAUCUUCUUUCCACUGGGACAAGAGGAGCAAGAAGUACGUCAAGCUAAACACUGGGGAUCGCGUGACGGCCAGUGGAAAGAUAAAGACAGAAAGUGGUGCAAAAGUGAAGGCCAAGAAAACUGGAAUAUACAAGAAGUGGAUUGAACGUUCGCACAAGAAGGUGUCGCUUAAAGGGAUGAGCAAUGAAAGCACUUCAGAAGGAGCUGCUAGUGCAUCAGGUACUUCUGAUUUUCGAGGGGAUAACCGAAGAAGGUUCAAAGGUGGAAGGAGUCAACGGUCAGUGCCGAAUGCUCAUGUCCGUAAUGAAAUCAAAGACAUCGAACAAGUUCGGAAGGAAAAGCAAAAGAAAGCAGACAGGGCUUCUUAUCUUAAGACCAAGAAUAAGAAGGGAAAGAAGUUUGGGAAAAAUGGAAAGAGGGGAAAGGGGAGGAAGUAGUGUGGGCUAAGUGAUUUGGCUUUCCAUUUCUGUUAUUUAUUUUUUAUUUUUACUACAGGUUAUAUUUUAUUAUUAGAUUAGAGGAUGUCCCCAAUGUAUUUGACAAAUCUGAUCAACCAGGACAACUGGAAUUUUGAUGUUUACAAUUGCAACUUACAAGUUUGUAUACAUGACAAGAGGCUUUUUAUUGCUUCAUAGUUCUGUUGGAUGGAAAGAAAAAGCAAGUUUUGGCCAACAGAUAGUAGCAUGGAAAUCUUGACAUUGCAUUUUCAGCAUUGAACUAUUUCAUGUCAUUAGAAUUGCAAGUAAAUUUUUGCCAACAGAUA